AUGGGUGACUUGCCAGGUGGUGAUGGGCCCAGUGUUAGGGACUUGACAGGUGGUGAUGGACUUGGAAUUAGCAUUGGCGACUUGCCUGGCUCUAUAAUUUGGGACAUGUCUGGUGGUGAUGGCAUUGGAGUUUGCUUUGGGAACUUGCCAGGUGGUGAUGGCACUGGAGCUUGUGUUGGGGACUUGCCUGGCGGUGACGCCCUCGGAGUUGAUAACACGCUAGUUGAUGAUGGUACUGGAGUUGGCGUAGGUGACUUAUUAGGUGGUAAAACUACUGGAGUUGGAGUUGGUGACUUUCCUGGUGGUGAUGGUGUUAAUGUCGGUGACAUUCCAGGUGGUGACAUCUCCAGAGUUGGUGUAGGUGGUGAUGGUAUUGGUGUCAUUGAAAUUCUAGGUGGUGAUGACAUUGGCGAAGGUGACAUGCCAGGUGGUGAUGUCAUUGUCGUUGGUGAAUUGUUAGGUUGUGAUAUCACUGGAGUUGGAGGGUUUCCUCCCUGA